CUCUCUGCUGCAGUAAUGGACGGAUCUCUGCCUACCUCGCUGAAGCACAUCAUCAGCAAUGCAGAGUUCGGACCGUCUCUCUUUCUGCUAGCGACGGAGGUGGUCACAGUAUUUGUGUUCCAGGAGCCCUCUCUCCUGUCCUCCCUGCAGGACAACGGACUCACAGACGUCAUGCUGCACGCGCUUCUCAUCAAAGACGUCCCUGCUACGCGAGAGGUUCUGGGCUCCUUGCCCAACGUGUUCAGUGCUCUGUGCCUCAACGCCCGCGGGCUGCAGUCCUUCGUGCAGUGCCAGCCCUUCGGGCGGCUCUUCAAGGUGCUCCUCUCUCCAGACUACCUGCCCGCCAUGCGUCGCCGCCGCAGCUCCGACCCGCUCGGAGACACAGCCUCUAAUCUGGGCAGCGCUGUGGACGAGCUCAUGAGACACCAGCCCACCCUGAAGACGGACGCCACCGCAGCCAUCAUCAAGUUGCUGGAGGCGAUCUGUAACCUGGGCCGCGCCCCGGAGUACAUCUGCCAGAAACCGUCGAUCCAGAAAGCGGACGGCACAGCCACUGCCCCCCCGCCCCGCUCCAACCACGCAGCGGAGGAAGCAUCGAGCGAGGAUGAGGAGGAGGAGGAGGUGCAGAGCUUCAGCACAGCGCAGCAAGGGGAGCCCGAGCCCAGCCAGCAGGUUGUAGGAACAGAGGAGAGGAUCCCUAUCCCUUUAAUGGAUUACAUCUUGAAUGUGAUGAAGUUCGUGGAGUCGAUCCUCAGUAACAACACCACAGACGAUCACUGCCAGGAGUUUGUCACACAGAAAGGUCUCCUGCCCCUGGUCUCUAUCCUGGGGCUGCCCAACCUUCCCAUUGACUUCCCCACCUCUGCAGCCUGUCAGGCCGUGGCUGGAGUCUGCAAGUCCAUACUGACACUCUCUCACGAGCCGAAGGUCCUGCAGGAGAGCUUGCUGCAGCUGGACGGGAUCCUGUCCUCCCUGGAGCUCCUUCACCGUCCCAUCGACUCCCCGGGGGGGUCAGUGCUGCUGAGAGAGCUGGCGAGCGCGGGCAACGUGACGGACGCCACGCUGUCGGCCCAGGCCACGCCCCUGCUGCACUCGCUCACUGCUGCCCACGCCUACAUCAUGAUGUUCGUCCACACCUGCAGGGUGGGACAGAGUGAGAUCAGGGCCAUCUCUGUGAACCAGUGGGGCUCCCAGCUGGGGCUCAAUGUGCUGAACAAGCUGAGCCAGCUGUACUGCUCUCUGGUGUGGGAGAGCACAGUGCUGCUGUCCCUCUGCACACCCAACAGCCUUCCCACUGGCUGUGAGUUCGGUCAGGCUGACAUGCAGAAGCUGGUCCCCAAAGAGGAGAAGGGUGCAGGGGGCAGCAGCAGCAGCAGCAGCACUGCCCCUGGAGGCAGGAAGCCUGAAGGCGAGUCUGAGACGGCUGUCCCUGGCACCUCCAGCGCUGUGGAGCCCCCUGCCCAGGGUCUGCUGGAUGGGAUUGUGCUGGACGGGGACUCGCUGGCCCCCAUGGAGACGGACGAGCCCAGCGGCGCCGACCCCAAAAGCAAAUCCAAACUGACCCCGGCCAUGGCCGCCAGAAUCAAGCAGAUCAAACCCCUGCUCUCCGCCUCGUCUCGUCUGGGCCGGGCUCUGGCUGAGCUCUUCGGUCUCUUGGUGAAGCUGUGUGUGGGCUCCCCCGUGAGGCAGCGGCGCAGUCACCACGCUGCCAGCACCACGACCGCACCCACCGCGGCAGCCAGGUCCACCGCCUCCUCCCUCACCAAGCUACUGACCAAGGGGCUGUCCUGGCAGCCUCCCUCCUACACGCCCACCCCGAGAUUCAGGCUGACCUUCUUCAUCUGCUCGGUGGGGUUCACGUCCCCCAUGUUGUUUGACGAGCGGAAGUACCCCUAUCACCUCAUGCUCCAGAAGUUCUUCUGUUCCGGGGGUCACGACGCCUUGUUUGAGACCUUUAACUGGGCUCUCUCGAUGGCUGGGAAGGUGCCAGUCUCCGAGGGGCUGGAGCACUCCGAUCUCCCGGACGGUACAGGGGAGUUCCUGGACGCCUGGCUCAUGCUGGUUGAGAAGAUGGUGAACCCCACGACUGUGCUGGAGUCUCCCCACUCUCUCCCCGCCAAGCUCCCCGGAGGGGGCCCCAACCAGCCCCAGUUCAGCGCCCUGCGUUUCCUCAUCGUCACGCAGAAGGCUUCGUUCGACUGCAUCCAGAACCUGUGGAACCGCAAGCCUCUGAAGGUGUACGGGGCACGCAUGGCUGAGUCCAUGCUGGCCAUCCUGUGCCACAUCCUGAGAGGAGAGCCCGUGAUCCGGGAGCAGCUCUCCAAAGAGAAGGAGGGGACCCGGGGCCCCGGCGAGGAGGAGGGGGGGCAGGCACCCGAGGAGGGGCCCGCACCGAGGAGGGAGCCCCUGGUCAACCAGCCCCAGCUCCAGCAGCUCAUGGAUAUGGGAUUCUCCCGGGAACACGCCAUGGAAUCUCUCCUGAACACCAGCACCAUGGAGCAAGCCACGGAAUACCUGCUGACCCACCCACCGCCUUUACUGGGAGGAGUGGUGAGGGGAGACAGGCAGCACCAGCAACAGGACCUGAGUUUGUCCGAAGAGGACCAGAUGAUGAGAGCUAUAGCCAUGUCUCUGGGUGAGGACAUCUCCAUGGAGCAGCAGUCUGACUCUCCCGAGGACACGUCCCGUCGUCAGGAGGAGGAGGAGCGGAGGGCCCGUGAGAAGCAGGAGGAGGAUGAGGCUCGCUGCCUGGAGAAGUUCCAGUGUGUGGAGCCCCUGGGGGCCGAGGAGCUGCACGCCUUCACAGACACCAUGCUGCCCGGCUGCUUCACCCUGCUGGACGAGCUGCCUGACACCGUGUACCGCGUGUGUGACCUCAUCAUGACCGCGGUCAAGAGGAACGGGCCCGAGUACCGGGAGAUGAUCCUGAGACAGGUGGUCAUCCAGGUUUGGGAGGCAGCGGACGUGCUGAUCAAAGCCGCCCUGCCCCUGACCACCAGCGACACCAAGACCGUGUCGGAGUGGACCAGCCAGCUGGCCACGCUGCCACAGGCGUCCAACCUGGCCACGAGAAUCCUGCUGCUGACCUUGCUGUUCGAGGAGCUGCGUCUGUCGUGUGCCCGCGUCGUGGAGAGCAGCGGGGUCCUUGAUGUUCUGAUCAAGCUUCUGGAGGUGGUGCAGCCCUGCCUGCAGGCUGCCAAAGAGCAGAAGGAUGUGCAGACGCCAAAGUGGAUCACCCCAGUUCUGCUCCUCAUUGAUUUCUAUGAGAAAACGGCCGUGUCUUCAAAGAGGCGGGCGCAGAUGAACAAGUACCUCCAGCCCAAUGGUAAUAACUGGCGCUGGUUUGACGACCGCUCGGGGCGCUGGUGCAGCUACAGCGCCGGCAACAACGGAACCAUCGACGCGGCAUGGCGCUCCGGGGAGAGCAGCGUGCGGUUCACCGCGGGCCGACGCCGCUACACCGUGCAGUUCAACACCAUGGUGCAGGUGAACGAGGAGACCGGGAAUCGGCGGCCGGUGACGCUGACUGUGCAGCGCCUUCCCCGGCUGGGAAAGAGCUCCAAGAACGGGAGCGUCCAGGAGCUGGAGAAACCGCUGGAGGAGAGCAAGGAGACCGAGCAAGAGAAGAGUGAAGAGAAAGCAGGGCCGGAUGUGGCCGCUCUCCCGGAGAUGAGAGUCUCCAGCAGUUCUGCAACGAAGGAGAGCGACCAGAACAAAGAGACAGCCUCCUCCAUGGCUCCGGCAGCCACGACGAUGACCGCAGCCCCCGACGAGGCCCCCGUGCCCCCCUCCGCGGCGCCCGCGCCCCCCGUGGUGAUCCAGGGGCUGUCGGAGGACAUGACCACGCUUCUGAUCCGCGCUUGCGUCGGCAUGAUCAGCGUGCCCGUGGACCCCGACACGCUGCACGCCACGCUGCGGCUGUGCCUGCGGCUCACGCGCACGCACCAGUACGCCAUGAUGUUCGCCGAGCUGCGCACCCCCCGCAUGAUCCUGGGGCUGGCGCAGAGCUCCGGGUUCAACGGCUUCACCCCCCUCGUCACCCUGCUGUUCAGACACAUCAUCGAGGAUCCUGCCACGCUGAGGCACACCAUGGAGAAGGUGGUUCGCUCCGCAGUGACGAGUGGGACGGGCAGCACCACUUCGGGGGUGGUUUCUGGGAGCCUGGGCUCCAGAGAGAUCAACUACAUCCUGAGAGUGCUGGGGCCCGCGGCCUGCAGGGACCCUGACUGCUUCACUGAGGCAGCGACAAACUGCAUCCGCAUUGCACUACCUGCACCCAGGGGCACGGGCACCGCCUCGGACGACGAGUUUGAGAACCUGCGCAUCAAGGGUCCGAACGCAGUGCAGCUGGUGAAGACCACCCCCCUGAAACUGUCCCCCCUGCCCAGCAUCCCCGAGCCCAUCAAAGAGGUCAUCUACGACAUGCUGAACGCGCUGGCAGCGUACCACGCUCCAGAGGAGGCCGAGCGUUCGGAGGCUCGCCUGGUCUCGGUGGCUGGCAGUCAGGAGCUGUGUCAGAUCCUGCAGGACGUGGGAGACGACGUGUAUCAGCAGUACAGGCUGACCAGGCAGGGCAGCGACUUCGACUCGCAGACUGGAUUCACCCUCAAUACUCAGGUGUUUGCAGCAGACGGCAGUGCAGCCGAGUCAUCGCAGUCAGGAACGCCGCAGGGAGAAGCAUCCACCCCCGAGGAGCCCCGUGAUGGGAAGAAGGAGAAGGAGAAGGAAGACCCCAAGCUGAAGUCCAAGGGCAGCAAGCCCCUGAUGCCCACCUCCACCAUCCUGAGGCUGCUGGCAGAGCUGGUGAGGUCCUACAUGGGCAUCGCCUCCCUCAUCACCGGAUACUCCUACACCGCAGGGCAGUCUGAGCUCAUCAAGGAGGACUGCAGUGUGCUGGCGUUCGUGCUGGAUCACCUCCUGCCCCACACUCAGAGCGCGGAGGAUAAGGACACCCCUGCCCUGGCGCGGCUCUUCCUGGCCAGCCUGGCGGCUGCGGGGACGGGCACAGACGCCCAGGUGGCCCUGGUGAACGAGGUGAAGGCAGCGCUGAGCCGGGCGCUGGCCAUGUCAGAGAGCACAGAGAAACACGCCAGGUUGCAGGCAGUGAUGUGCAUCAUAAGCACCAUCAUGGAGUCCUGCCCCUCCACCUCCAGCUUCUACAGCACCGCGGCCACCAAGACCCAACACAACGGCAUGAACAACAUCAUCCGACUGUUCCUGAAGAAGGGGCUGGUCAACGACCUGGCCAGAGUGCCCCACAGCCUGGAUCUGUCCAGUCCCAACAUGGCGAACACCGUGAACGCUGCCCUGAAGCCGCUGGAGACCCUGUCCCGCAUCGUGAACCAGCCCAGCAGCCUGUUCAGCAGCAAGAGCGCCUCGAGCAAGAGCAAGAGUGAGCAAGACCAGCACGGGACGUCCCGGGACCAGAACAGCACCGCGCAGGACCAAGGAGACCCCGGAGAGACGGGGGUCCACAGGGAGCGCUCCGCCCCGCCCCCCGACGCAGACCUCAUGGACGGAGAGACGGAGGGGGACAGCGUGGUGAUCGCGGGACAGCCCGAGGUGCUGAACGCACAGGAGAUGCAGGUAGAGAAUGAACUGGUGGAUCUGAUCGAUGAGCUACUGGAGAGAGACGGAGGAACAGUCAACAGCACCAUCAUAGUUGGACGCAGCGGGGAAGACGAGUCUCAGGAAGACGUGUUGAUGGACGAGACGCCCUCCAGCCUGUGCCAGACCUCCACGCUGCAGGCUAACCGGGAAGACUCGAUGAAUAUCCUGGACCCAGAGGACGAGGAGCAUACCCAGGAAGAGGACAGCAGCGGCAGCAACGAGGACGAAGACAGCCAGGACGAGGAGGAGGAGGAGGAGGAAGAGGAGGACGAGGAGGAGGAGGAAGAGGAGGAGGAUGACCAGGAUGACGAGGAGGGAGAGGAAGGCGACGAGGAGGAGGAUGAUGAUGAUGGCUCGGAGAUGGAGCUGGAUGAAGAUUACCCCGACAUCAACGCCGCUCCACACAUCCGCUUCGAGAGAUUCGACCGGGAGGACGAUCUCAUUAUAGAGUUCGACAACAUGUUCUCUACAGCCACAGAUAUCCCCCCAUCCCCUGGUAACAUCCCCAGCACUCACCCCCUCAUGGUGCGCCACGCUGACCACAGCGCCCUGACCCUGGGGACGGGCAGCUCCACCACGCGGCUGGCCCAGGGCAUCGGCCGCAGCCAGAGGACCCUCCGGCAGCUCACCGCCAACACGGGCCACACCAUCCACGUGCACUACCCGGGGAACAGGCAGCCCAACCCUCCGCUCAUCCUGCAGAGGUUGCUGGGCCCCUCUGCUGCUGCUGAUAUCCUGCAGCUCUCCAGCUCUCUCCCCCUGCAGUCUCGCGGUCGCGCUCGCCUGCUGGUCGGGAACGACGACGUUCACAUCAUCGCCCGAUCGGACGACGAGCUGCUGGACGACUUCUUCCACGAGCAGAGCGCCCCGGGGGCGCAGGCCG